UCUGUGGGAAUUGAGAUCUUUCGGGGAGAUAAGCGAGUGAGUGAAAUGUGACUGCUGCCGCUGCUGCCGGUCGGGCUGGCAUGGGAAAAGCAUGAGUGGCUGUGUGGGCUUUAUAAAACGAUGACGCUCUGAGCGCAUUCCCCCCUGGAGAAUAAUGGGCUGAAAUGUGGAGAGGCUGCGCGCGAGGAGCGCACGCAGAGACACACGGCCGUUCCAGAGAUCCGCAGGAGCCAGCGGCGACUCCUCUGUGCGCGCACAAUGAAUAUUUUUUUCAAUUUGAGGGGGACUGUAGUGAGGCAGAUAGCAGAGGAAAGGAGUGUGACAGAAACAGCCAUGAGCCCUCCACGCCGAUCAUCCAGUUCCCAUGGUGACAGGCCCUCCACCACCCCCACCGAGAUCCUGCCGAAGAGCAACCGCAGCAAUUCGGGGGUCAUCCUGGACAUCUCCACACUGAAGAUGGCCGAGGUGGAUACGGAGGUGCCGCCUCUUCCGCCUCGCUACCGCUUCAGGGACCUGCUGCUGGGGGACCAGACAUUUCAGAAUGAUGACAGGUAUCAGGAGGAGUACAGUAUGGACUCAACCAAUGCCCAGGUGCAGGUUGAGUUCUACGUCAACGAAAACACCUUUAAGGAGAGGCUGAAGCUCUUCUUCAUAAAAAACCAAAGGUCAAGCCUGAGAAUCCGCCUGUUCAACUUCGCCCUGAAGGUUCUCACCUGUGUCCUGUACAUCGUGAGAGUCACCCUGGACGACCCCGCACCAUCUACACAGUUUUCUUCUUCUUCUUCUUCUUUUUUUGUCUUCUGCAAUGCAAGGUGUGAGAACAGCAGCGGGACAAACAGCACAGAAUCACCAGAAAUCAACUGGAAACUCAUUUUCUGGGUGACCAGAAAGGAACCUGUGUGGGCGAUACAGGUGACAGUGGCCUUAAUCAGUUUCUUGGAGACUAUGCUAAUCACAUAUCUCAGCUACAAGGGGAACAUUUGGGAGCAGAUCUUUCAGGUGUCCUUCAUAUUGGAGAUGAUCAAUACGGUGCCAUUCAUAAUCACAAUCUUCUGGCUUCCCUUAAGAAACAUAUUCGUCCCAGUAUUUCUGAACUGUUGGUUAGCCAAAGGUGCCCUGGAGAACAUGAUCAAUGAUUUCCACCGCGCCAUCCAGAGAACCCACUCUGCCAUGUUCAACCAGGUGUGCAUCCUCAUCUGCACCUUACUGUGUCUGGUUUUCACAGGAGCCUGCGGGAUCCAGCACUUAGAGCGAGCCGGGAAUUGCCUGACCCUGUUUGACUCCUUUUAUUUCUGCAUCGUCACUUUCUCCACGGUGGGCUACGGAGACGUCACGCCACGGAUCUGGCCCUCCCAGCUGCUGGUGGUCAUCCUCAUCUGCGUUGCCCUGGUGGUCCUCCCACUACAGUUUGAGGAGCUGGCGUACCUGUGGAUGGAGAGCCAGAAGCUGGGGGGGAACUACAGCCGCCACCGGGCGCAGACCGAGAAGCACGUGGUGCUGUGUGUCAGCUCGCUCAAGAUAGACCUGCUGAUGGAUUUCCUCAACGAGUUCUACGCUCACCCCAGGCUGCAGGAUUAUUACGUAGUGAUCCUGUGUCCCACUGAGAUCGACAUCCAGGUGCGUCGCAUCCUCCAGAUCCCCCUGUGGUCCCAGAGAGUCAUCUACCUGCAAGGAUCUGCUCUCAAAGAUCAGGACCUGAUGAGGGCCAAGAUGGACGACGCCGAGGCCUGCUUCAUCCUGAGCAGCAGGAACGAAGUGGACCGGACCGCCGCUGAUCACCAGACGAUAUUGAGGGCGUGGGCUGCAAAGGACUUCGCUCCAAACUGCCCCCUCUAUGUGCAGAUCCUCAAACCGGAAAACAAAUUUCACGUUAAGUUUGCAGAUCAUGUUGUGUGUGAAGAGGAGUUCAAGUAUGCCAUGUUGGCACUCAACUGUGUGUGUCCGGCCACGUCCACGUUAGUCACUCUCUUGGUUCACACCUCCAGAGGACAGGAGGGGCAGUUAUCUCCGGAGCAGUGGCAGAGGAUGUACGGACGGUGCUCUGGAAAUGAGGUCUACCACAUCCGCCUGUGCGACAGCAAGUUCUUCGGGGAGUACGACGGAAAGAGCUUCACCUACGCCUCCUUCCACGCACACAAGAAGUACGGUGUGUGCCUGAUCGGCGUGAAGAGGGAAGAGAACAAGAGCAUCCUCCUGAACCCGGGGCCGCGCCACAUCAUGGCGGCCACCGACACCUGCUACUACAUCAACAUCACCAAGGAGGAGAACUCGGCCUUCAUCUUCAAGCAAGAGGAGAAGCACAGCAAGGGCUUGUCCGUCACCGGCCUAUACGACGCCCCCUCCAGGCUGCCCGUGCACAGCAUCAUCGCCAGCAUGGGCACGGUAGCCAUCGACCUGCAGCAUCCCGACCCCCCGGAGGAAACCAGCAAACUGACGUUACCGACGGAGAACGGCGCCGGGAGCCGCAGGCCGAGCAUCGCGCCCGUCCUCGAAAUCGCCGACUCGUCCGCCAUCCUUCCCUGCGACCUCCUCAGCGACCAGUCGGAGGAUGAGACCAACCAAUCAGACGAGGAGGGCUCCGUGGGGUCGGAUUUUGUGAAGGGCUACCCUCCCAACUCGCCCUACAUCGGCAGCUCUCCAACUCUGUGCCACCUCCUGCCUCAGAAAGCUCCGUUCUGCUGCCUUCGCCUCGACAAGGGCUGCACACACAACAGCUUCGAGGACGCCAAGGCGUACGGCUUCAAGAAUAAGCUCAUUAUCGUCUCCGCAGAGAUGGCGGGAAACGGACUUUACAACUUCAUCGUACCUCUGCGGGCUUAUUAUCGACCCAGGAAGGAGCUCAACCCCAUUGUGCUGCUACUGGACUACCAACCAGACAACCACUUCUUAGAGGCCAUUUGCUGCUUUCCAAUGGUUUACUUCAUGACUGGCACCAUUGAUAAUUUAGACAACCUGCUCCAGUGUGGCAUCAUCUACGCUGACAACCUGGUGGUUGUGGACAAGGAGAGCACCAUGAGUGCUGAGGAGGACUACAUGGCCGACGCCAAGACCAUCGUCAACGUGCAGACAAUGUUCAGGUUGUUUCCCAGUCUGAGCAUCAUAACCGAGCUCACACACCCGUCCAACAUGAGAUUCAUGCAGUUCAGAGCCAAGGACUGCUACUCACUGGCUCUGUCCAAGCUGGAGAAGAUAGAGCGAGAUAAGGGCUCCAACCUGGCCUUCAUGUUCCGGCUGCCAUUUGCUGCAGGCAGAGUGUUCAGCAUCAGCAUGCUGGACACGCUGCUCUACCAGUCGUUUGUUAAGGACUACAUGAUCGCCAUCGCACGGCUGCUGCUGGGUCUGGACACCACGCCGGGCUCUGGCUACCUGUGCGUGAUGAAGGUGACGGAGGAGGACCUGUGGAUCCGGACGUACGGCAGACUCUUCCAGAAGCUGUGCUCGUCCAGCGCCGAGAUCCCCAUCGGGAUCUACCGCACAGAGUCACACAUGUUCUCAGGCUCAGAGUGCAAAGAAAACUACGCACAGUCACAGGUGUCCAUCAACGUGGAGCACGGCGAGGAGCACCGGGAGCGCGGGGAGUCCUGGAAGGAGAAGACGGCCCACCGGAACUCCACCACCAGCGACCAGUCGGAGCACCCGCUGCUCAGGAAGAAGAGCAUGCAGUGGGCGCGGCGGCUGAGCCGCAAGAACGCCAAGCCGUCCAGCCGGGCCGAGCGCAUCUCGCAGCAGAGACUCAACCUGUACCGGCGCUCCGAGCGUCAGGAGCUGUCCGAGCUGGUCAAGAACCGCAUGAAGCACCUGGGCCUGCCCACCGUGGGAUACGAGGAUGUUUCUAACCUCACUGCGAGCGAUGUCAUGAAUCGAGUAAAUCUAGGAUAUUUGCAAGAGUUGCAGGACAUUUCUGAGCACCCGUAUACAGAGGGGACCAGGCUGGCAGGGCCACAAGCAGACGAGAUGAACGACCACCAGAACACGCUGUCCUACGUGCUCAUCAAUCCUCCUCCCGACACCAUGCUGGAGCUCAACGACAUCGUGUACAUAAUCCGCUCGGACCCCCUGGCUCACAUGCCGGAGGACUCGCAGGUGGGGCCGGCUCGCAGCACCAGGAUGCAGCAGGACUUCGGCACAGAGACCAGAGAUGAGACUCACCUCUGAGAACCAGUCCUCCACACCCCGACCCUUAAAAAGAAAAAGAAAUCCUCUCCCGGGUCUCCCUUCGUCUCACUCA